AUGUCGGAUUUUAUGGGCGAUUUCAUGAAAUCGUCCGAGAGUUCUUUCAUGCGUCCGGGAGCACUGAAAUUAAAAGAUAAAAAAGAGAAGAAAGCAAAGAAAGAGAAAAAGUCAAAAAAGGAGAAAAAAUCGAAGAAAGAGAAAAAAUCAAAAUCAGAUCGUCGAUCGUCCUCGCCAGAGCAAGAUCAAUGGGUUGAAGCCGGAGCGUCAACGAAAACGAACUCUUCAUGGAUGGGCAGCGAGGAGGACUUCUUUGGCUCGAUAGGAAAAAAAUCUACGAAAAAAGAAGAUCGAGCUGCCCAAAAAGAAAAAGAGCGAGAAGAGUUCGAAGAAAAGCACAAAAUGGGAUCCCAUAGACUCGAGUUGAACCCUUACUUCAAAGAUGGUGGCACUGGAAUGCCACCGACCGAGGAAGAAAUGAGGGAGAAACAAAGAAAACCAGAGAAGAGGAAGCAGGAGAUUAGCUAUGAAGACGAGAUGGAAGCGAUGUGGGCAGAGAGAGACGCAGAAGUCGAGCCCGAAACUAGGCCUAAGAAAAGAUCAAAGCAUGAGGGCAAAUCGGCUGCGGAAAUCAAAGAAAUCCGAAACAAACUUACUGGAAAGCUGAUGCGUGCCGAUCUCAAAGGCAACAAAGAAAAAGCUGCGAAAAUUCAAAAAGAAAUCGACGAAUUACCUGAUGAAAACACAAUCGUCGUUCAAAAAUACGAUGCCCGUGGUCGAAUCCGUCCAAGUAACCAGAAAGGCGAAUCUGAUAUUUCUGCUCUUCUGCGCGAUGAAAAGAAUGACGAUGGAGGAAUGGCUUCGGAUAUGGCGCUCAUGAAGGCGGCAUCAAUGAAUAUCAUCAAAGGAGGAGGCCUCGAAGAACUCUUCGACGGUACAAAGACAAGAGGGAAAAAAGAGAAGCCUAACGCAGAAGAGGACCGUGAACGAGCAAAGAGCAGGAUGAUUCAUAGAAGCCUCGAAAACUGUCGCUUUUGCUAUUCAAAUAAGAAACUCCGCGACUCAAUUUGCUGGGUUGGCCAACACGUGUACUUAGCUGUUACAGGCUCUGAACCGAUGGCUGAAGGCCACUGCAUCAUCGUUACAAAAGAACACUAUCCAAAUCUACCGUCAUGCGAUGAAGAUGUCGCGCGCGAGAUCCUCAACCUGCGAAGAAUGCUUACUGGUUAUUUCAAAGCAAAGAAUGACACAGAGCCAGUUUUUAUCACUACAGCGACGAAGACGAAGGGUUUCCCGCAUUUUGUCACGGAAUGCGUUCCAAUCGACAUGGAAGAGGCUGAAAUGGCGCCAAUGUACUUCCAGAAAGCGUUUCAAGAUGCAGAAGGGAUGUGGGCGACCAACAAGGCAGUGAUAAACACGAUGAAGGAAAUGAGCCAUUUUAAAAAAGUUCCCCAUCAAUUAGGUCAUAUUGCGGUCGAAUUUGGCGGUGGCGGAGGAUUCGCUCACAUCGUCGAGAAUAGCGAACGCUUCCCUCCUUAUUUUAUGCGCGAGAUUCUCGGUGGACUGGCGGACAUCGAUCCGCGAAAAUGGCGAAAACCGGCGUUGGAUGAAGAAGCGGAAGUGAUAUUCCGCGCGGAACAAAUGGAAAAGAGCCUCAAGGAACGGUGCGUUAUCGGAUUGAAAAUGAACCCCAAAGAGAGAGAUGAAUCCCCUUCGUCGGAUGAUAAUUCUGGAGUGCUUCUCAUUGACGAGAGUCAAUCUUCAGAGAUAGAUAUCUCCCCAAUGAAAACACGGUCUGGAAGAAUCAACCAGCGAGAGAAAGAAGCGACUGUCAAAACGUCUCAAAAAGAUGCACCAUCAUCGAAUAAAGAGCCUGUUCGAACGAGAUCUUCCAAAAUUCAUAUUGAUCUAACGCCAGAAAAAUCACAAGCGACCACGCAAGAGAGCUUGGAAGAUUCUCAAAGACUAUCUCAACUGAGCCGUUACGAGAUGAUGGAACGAGCUGCUGAGUUUUCGCAGCCGUCACCCUACUUCAAAUCGCCGAAGAAGACUUCUAACAAAUCAUCAAACUCGGAGCUGGCCUCAGAUCUUGAUCCCGACCAACCAACAACGAGUUCGCAACGAAAGACGGGAUCUGCGAAAGAAUCAACUGAGCUUUCCCCUGAAAUACCUUUACCGGAGCUUCCCCCAUCACAGCAGAGCAUGGAUGGCUGGGAAACUCAGGAAACUCAACUUUCCCAACUGAGCCGAUAUGAGAUGAUGGAGCGAGCUGCUGAGUUUUCUCAAAUCAAAGCUGAACCUAACUCAGAUAAAAACCGCACAGAGCAUUCGCCUAAAACACCAAAAGCGAGAAAGAAGCAAAACAAAGCUGUCAAAUCAUCUCCAAAAGCCACGCACUCUCCGAGAAAAACCCGAUCCGGGAAGGCGAUAAACGAUGAUCCCCUGGAAAGGAUUGAAAAAUUGACCCAGGCUGCUCUUGCGUCUUCACAAUCUUCUGGGAAUACUCAGGGAUCCGAAGAAGGGAUCGCUGCAAUUUCCGUAUCAGUCAGUGGUGAACUACUCAAUGAUGAGGUGCCUUCGGAUCCAGAGAUCUCCCUCUCCGUCAGCGGAGAACUUUUCAAUGAUGAGCCACAGCCAAUGGAUACUACGCAGAUUCCCCAGCAAGAAGUAGAGGAAGCGAACUCCUCUCAAGGCUCCUCCGUUUAUGAAACGCCUGAAAAGAGUCUACCGAAAACGCCGAGUAAGGCUGAUCAAUCAGCACCCGCAACACCUCCACAGCCCUCGAGAAAGCUUCGGCGAAGCCUCUUCAAUGAAAAUCAGGAAGAACCGAUGGAGUCCCCGGAGAUAAUCAUGGCGUCCUCAGGAGACACGACAGUGAGAUCAAAAAAGGUCGAAACAAAAGAUACUUGGUCACAGGUUUCUGGAGAGACGCUACGAGAGACUGAAGGGAGAAAAAGGAGAACUCACGAUGCGCUGAACUUAUGCGCCGAAGAUUCUCAAGAAGAAAAGUCACAAGAAGGGAUAAACCAGACCCAGCGAGUGGGCGAUCUUUUAAACCACACAGCGCUUGCUCUCGACUCACAACAGUCAACCCAAGCAACUCAAGCUCGACAAGAGUCAACUUCAGCAACUCAACUUCAACCUCAAGAAGAGUCACAAGGGACUAAUGAAAAAUAUUUCACGCCUCCCACUUCUCCAACCUUUGAGCAAGCGUCAGCGACUCAGAAGACUUUCGAUGAGGAUUUAGAUGAUGAUUACUUUGCGAAACUCAAAUCGCCGACGAGCAAUGCUGAAACACAGAAAAUUAACAAACAAGCAGAUCAGGCCAAAAAGCAAAAAAGAGUUAAUAGAAAAAUGCCGAGAUCGAGAGCAAGACCAACGCGUGAUGAGGUCAACGAAUCGUUGGCUAGAGCCUGUCGAAGAUUACAAGCUGGCGGUAUUAGUAGACGUCUGGAAUUCGCGAGGGCUUUUAUUUCAAGAAGAACCCGAGCACGAGAUUCGAGCGAUCCCUUGAAUCGAGAACUCGAAAAUGCGAUUUCUUGGGAGCCAAAAGUACCGAAUGUGAAUUUUUCGAAGCCCGUUCCAGGAUUAUCAAGCCGUUUCAAAAAGCCUUUUCCAGUACCGGAAAAGCCUGCAAAAGAAAAACCGGGACCUUCGAAAUCUAAAGCUUCAAAAUCGCAAAGUCAGGAACGCUCGCAGCCACGAGAAGACCAGGAGCCAAUUGACAGAGAGGACGUUCGCGAUUUUAUGUUUCCCACCUCAAACAAGAGAAAGCUUCAGACACCUGAAAAGGACGCGCAGGGCGAAGCAAGCGCGAAAGAUCAAGCAGCGAAAAGGAGCAAGCACGAGAAGGAAAAUAAAUCGCCUAAGAAAAGCGCUUCAAAGCCGACGAUUCUUAAGCCAGCUUUGGAUAUCACCAUUGCUCGUCGUUCAGGAAGAGAUGCCCUGAGCGAGAUUUCGGACUUGUCUUCUGCAUUUGAUAAUGACACUCCAAUAAGAGGCGUCGGGAAGAUGAAGCAAAGUCAACAGAAAGCUACCAAAGAAAAGAGUGCGAAACCGUCGGGAAAGGGGCAUGACGAAGCGGAGAAUCAACCAACGUGCAGCAAGUAUUUAACACCUCCAGCGAUGCCACCAGAUGUUGAUCUUUCUAGCUUCUUGAACUCGAGCGAGGAUGAGGAAGUUCGUCGACCGCAAAGUCGUCCUCGGAGAAGAAAUAGAUCGCCAACAGCUAGCAUGCCGAAGCUCACCAAAUUACGCUCACCAGAGAAGUCACCAUCGCCAUCUAAAUCAAAAAAGAAGUCGAUUCAGAUGAAGAAAAAACAUCCAAAAAUAAUCCCUUCUGCAGCUCGAAAGCCUCCGAGAAGCAUCACUUCGUCCGUGGAGACAAGGGAUCCGCGAGAAGUAUAUGAUGAGAAAACAAUCGUCAUCAAAGAUGUAAAGAACAGUAAGGGUAGAAUUGGAUUCAGGCUCAGCGAAAAUAGCGAAGCAGGAAUCCACAUCAGCGAAGUUGUCCCGGGGUCGUUAGCAGAUAAAGCUGGUCUUCGUGUUGGAGAUAUUAUCAUUUGCUUCAACGGUAUAAGAUGCUCCGUCAAGAGCAAAAUCAAGAUGUCUAUGCUGCUACCAAUCAUUGCCGAAUCGGUAACGGAAGACUUCAAAUUCACUGUAAUUCGCGAUGUACCCGACCAGUAUUCGGAGGAAGAAGACGUUGACACAUCGGAAGUCUCAGACAUUUCAGAUGCAGAGUCUGAUGUUCGAGAACAAAACAUCGAUUCAGGAAAUGAUAUAAAACUAGUAGAGACUCCUGUUGAUACGAAUCCAGAGUAUGGAACAUUCGACAACACUGCUAACGUUACCAAUCAUACGUCCGAGAGAAACGUUGCUGAUACGACAAAUCCUGAGUACGAGACAUUUGAUCGAUCUUUUAAUGUCACGGCUGGUACCUCCGAACAGCCUGAGCCUGCGUUCUCUGGCUCUUCUUCAGAUGUUUCCUACAGAAGGUUGGCACGAAAGUACGAUAAAGGCUCUUCGAUCGCUGAUACUGUAAAAACCAAACAACGGAAAGUCGGAAUGAGCCACUACUUGAAUCCGAGGCCAGAAUCUAUUGCUUCGAAUCAACAAGAAAAGUCUGACGAGUCAGCCAGUGAAGUGUCAGUCCAAACAUCUUCGCAGGCAGCGUCAAGCCGACCAGCUUCGCGGGCAGGAUCGGUCCGACCAGCUUCGAGGGCAGCGUCAAGCCAAAUUAGCCGUGCUUCAACCCUUGGCCAGCAGAAAAGAAAGAAGUGGACAGACGACGAGGACGCCCUAUUGAUUGUUGGCCUCAAUCAAUACGGAAAAGACUGGAUUAAGAUCUGGAACAAGUUUUUCCGUAAUACGAAGAGGACGAAUACCAGCCUCAAAGACAGACACCGUCAGCUUCUCAAACAAGGCGACCCACGGGUGAAGGAAAAAUACUAA